UCCCAGAUAAAGAAAACAUUAUUCUCUACGGUGGCAUCCAUCGACGCCAUGGCUGCGGCUUCUCCUCCCCUCCUCCCCGUCUCCGUUCUCCCGGCGGCCACCACCGCGACCACCACCAUCGUCCUCCCCGUUCCGGACACCUCCUCGGCGGCCGACCAGCGCGCCUACCUCUCCCGCCUCCUCGACUCCGCCAAGCGCUCCCUCUCCGGCGCGCGCCCGUGGGCGGAGCUCCUCGACCGCGCGGCGCUCAGCCGCCCGGAAUCCCUCGCCGACGCCACCGCCCGCGUCCGCAGGAACCUCGCCUACUUCCGCGUCAACUACGCUCUCCUCGUCGCGUUCUCCCUCGCCGCCUCCCUCCUCGCGCACCCGUUCGCGCUCGCCGCCCUGCUCGCGCUCCUCGCCGCCUGGUGCGCGCUCUACCUCCUCCGCGCCGCCGACGCACCCCCGCUGGAGGCCUUUGGGAAGACCUUCUCCGAGAGGGAGACGCUGGGCGGGCUCUUGGCGGCGUCGGCGUUCGUCGUGUUCGUGACCUCCGUCGGGUCCAUCGUCUUCUCCGCCCUCGCGGCCGGCGCCGCGCUCGCCUGCGCGCAUGGCGCGUUCCGGGUGCCCGAGGAACAGCUCUUCCUCGACGACGACAUACAGCCUGGCGCUGGAGGAAGAGUGGGCUCCUCCGUCGACCUGCUCUCCUUCUUCACCAACGCCGCCGGAGGAGGAGGUGGACGCGGCUGAGGCGCCCCACGUCAUGCCGUCGACUGAUUCAUUCUCGAGAAAUACACGAGACACCAUAUGUGUUGCUAGUUAGCUACACCAUUACAUUUAGGAUUUUAUACGAUUCAAAAAGAAAUAGGAAAUUUAGAGAAACACACUAUUUAUGAAUUAUUUCUCUGUGGAUUAUUUGAUCCUAGAAUCGAAUCAUAUAUGAUUUUUUUUCUAAGAAUUUAUUUGCAUUA